AUGGAGUACGAAGACGUUUUGAUGAACCAGCCCGUUGUUAUUGACAAUGGCUCGGGAGUCAUUAAGGCAGGGUUUGCUGGUGAAGAAAUCCCGAAAUGUUUUAUCCCAUCUUAUGUUGGUAGGCCAAAACAUGUACGAAUUAUAGCAGGUGCUGUGGAGGGAAAAGUUUUCAUUGGACGAAAAGCGCAAGAGUUAAGAGGACUGCUCAAAAUAAGAUACCCGAUCGAACAUGGUAUUGUGUCUGACUGGGAUGAUAUGGAACGUAUAUGGAAAUAUCUUUAUGAAGAGGAAUUAAAAACCGCAUCGGAAGAACAUCCAGUGCUUCUUACGGAGGCGCCGCUUAAUCCUAGAAAAAAUCGAGAGGAUGCGGCCCAAAUGUUUUUUGAGACAUUUAAUGUUCCCGCUUUGUUCGUCUCGCUUCAAGCCGUUCUGAGUCUUUAUUCGUCCGGAAGAACUACUGGUAUUGUCCUUGAUUCGGGUGAUGGCGUGACUCACGCAGUUCCCGUUUAUGAAGGAUUUGCGCUUCCUCACGCAAUGCGAAGAAUCGAUAUUGCUGGAAGGAAAUUACUUCUCCGCAAGGCGGGUUAUAACUUCCAUACGACAGCCGAGAAAGAGGUCGUUCGUAUUAUUAAGGAAAAGACAUGCUAUGUUGCAAUCAACCCGGCAAAGGAAGAAAAAGAAAUGUCCGGAAAAUUUGAUGAUUUUACUCUGCCUGAUGGCAAUGUUGUCAAGUUGGGCAACGAAAGAUUCAAAGCGCCAGAGAUCUUGUUUAAUCCUGAAUUAAUUGGGCAAGAAUACGCCGGCAUUCACCAAGUUUUGGUCGAUUCUAUCAAUAGAGCCGACCUUGAUUUAAGAAAGGCGUUAUUUGCCAACGUUGUUUUGUCGGGUGGCUCGACACUCUACAAACACUUUGGAACAAGGUUGUUAGAAGAGGUAAGAAGAUUAGCCGUGAAAAACAUUAAAGUCAAGAUCUCUGCACCACAAGAACGAAAAUACAGUACAUGGAUUGGAGGAUCUAUAUUGGGCGCACUGAGCACAUUCAAGAAGAUGUGGGUUUCAGCUGAAGAAUAUCAGGAAGAUCAGGAUAUUAUUCAUAAGAAAAGUUUCUAA